UCGAUUCCUCACACAACAGCCGUACCAACACCCACAAAACCACACACCGCACAACAGCAGAUGAAACGCGCGGCGCCUGACACAGGCCUCAUGUUGCAGGCAUGAAGCGCCUGGGUGAUGUGCGGCGCCUGACACAGGCCUCUUAUGUUGCAGGCAUGAAGCGUCUGGGUGAUGUGCGGCGCCUGACACAGGCCUCUUAUGUUGCAGGCAUGAAGCGCGUGGGUGAUGUGCGGCGCCUGACACAGGCCUCUUAUGUUGCAGGCAUGAAGCGUCUGGGUGAUGUGCGGCGCCUGACACAGGCCUCUUAUGUUGCAGGCAUGAACCGCCUGGGUGAUGUGCGGCGCCUGACACAGGCCUCUUAUGUUGCAGGCAUGAACCGCCUGGGUGAUGUGCGGCGCCUAACACAGGCCUCUUAUGUUGCAGGCAUGAAGCGCCUGGGUGAUGUGCGGCGCCUGACACAGGCCUCUUAUGUUGCAGGCAUGAACCGCCUGGGUGAUGUGGACCCAAGGUUUCUCGUUCCCGUGCUGUACAGCCGCUGUCCCCCACGACCCGUCAGAGCCAACCUCCGCCGUAGCCAGGAGAGCAGAGAGCAAGAGGAACUGGUCCAGAUAACGAGGCGGUCCGAACACCAGGAAAUAUGACCAACAAGAGAAGAUGUGACGUCAGUCUUAUCUUCCAUAUGAACAUGGCAUGAUUCUCUAAGGAAAAUUGAUGGUCCCAAAUAUUACCAUACUCACAUCUAUACAGUAGACAUUUAAACUUGUAGGCAAAAUGUAACCAUACUCACAUUUAUACAGUAGACAUUGAACGUUGUAGGCCCAAUAAAACCAUACUCACAUUUAUACAGUAGACAUUGAACAUUGAUAGUCCAAAAUAUAACCAUACUCAGAUUCAUACAGUAGACAUUGAACAUUGAUAGGCGUUAUCAAAUGAUGAUUUCCCACAUGAAUGAAGCGCUCGUAAAGACAUUGUGAUGGGCAGAUGCUGUCCUUCGAUGUGAGACUCCACAUCAUAAUUAUCACACAAGUCAAAUAUAUCUAUGGUGCUAAUAAUGUAAUCAAUAACACUUGCCCCAGCAUUGCCAACACAUGUUACCUUCCCGGGAUCACUUCCACAGCCGCCAUUCAAAAUGU